AGGCCAGUAGUCAUGUGCAGAGGACUCUUUUGCAUAUAUAUACAUCCCAAUUUCAUCCCGGAGACAGCAGUACUCAUUCAUUCAAAACACAUAACUAACGAACUUGAGAAACUACGAAAUGGCAUUCCUGAAGCAGCAUCAAGGCAUUUGUCUCGCUCUGCUCUUCAUUGCAGGAGCUUUGGCUCCGCUAGCUGCUUCCCGCAGCUUGCAGAAAGGGCUAUCCAUGCGCGAGAGGCACGAGCAGUGGAUGGCUCAAUAUGGACGAGUCUACAAGGACGCCACUGAGAAGCAGAGGUGUUUCGACAUAUUCAAGGAGAAUGUGGAACACAUCGAGUCCUUUAACAGUGCAAACGAGAAACCUUACAGGCUUGGCGUCAAUCAGUUUGCGGACUUGACCAAUGAGGAGUUCAAGGCAAGGAAUGGGUUUAGGUCUCACGUGUGCUCCACCGAUGGCGCUUCUUUCAAGUAUGAAAACGUCACUGCAGCGCCACCGACUAUGGACUGGAGGAAGAAAGGAGCUGUUACACCCGUGAAAGACCAAGGCCAAUGCGGAUGUUGCUGGGCUUUCUCAGCCGUUGCUGCAGUGGAAGGAAUCACGGAAAUCUCAACCGGUAAGUUGGUCUCACUAUCUGAGCAAGAAUUGGUCGACUGUGACAAGGGCGGGGAGGAUCAGGGCUGCGAGGGUGGAUGGAUGGAUAGUGCCUUCCAAUUUGUCGAGAAACACGGGCUUACCACUGAGGCUAAGUACCCAUAUGAGGGCACAGACGGUACAUGCAACAUCAAAGCGGAAUCAAACCAAGCAACUAAGAUUACAGGCUUCGAGGACGUGCCCGCCAACAAUGAGGCGGCACUGCUGAAGGCAGCGGCCAAUCAGCCAGUCUCAGUGGCAAUAGAUGCAGGAGGGUUCGAGUUCCAGUUCUACUCAAGUGGUGUCUUUACCGGAUCUUGCGGGACGGAGCUAGACCACGGUGUUACUGCUGUGGGCUAUGGGGCGAGUGAUGACGGGAUGAAGUACUGGCUUGUCAAGAACUCGUGGGGAGCACAGUGGGGAGAAGAAGGAUACAUAAGGAUGCAAAGGGAUGUCGAUGCCAAGGAAGGUCUCUGCGGCAUUGCAAUGAAGGCUUCCUACCCAACCGCUUAAGUUCCAAAUCUUAGAGCUUAAUGUUGCUCAUAUAUUGUACAGAUAAUAUGGCACGUUCUCGUUGCCUGUAAUAUCAAAUCGUACACAAUGUAUCCUCAUGAAGAUCACAACUUAUAGCACGAUACUGCUAAUUAGCAUGUUCUGAGUGCA